AUGAUAAUUGAACCAUUUCUAGGAAUAUAAUAAUAGGGAAAUCUGAAAAGAGUAUUAAAAUUUUCAAAGAAAGGAUAGAGAUAAAAUAAAAGUAUAAAUUAUUUUGAAACAAUUCGCUUUCAGAAUUAUGUAGGAAUACAAGGUCACAAUAAACCAACCAUUUGGUUUAAUAGUUUAAUCAGAAUCCUAUAGAUGAAUAACUAAUUGGAUAAUGAAUAAAUAAGAGAAAAAAAAAAUAUCUAAAAUUAGUCUUGUUUAGUAAGGAAAGAAUGA